UGCCACGAAAGUCAAUAUGGCGUCCUAUCGCUAACUACAGUGAACUUACGAUUUGCUUCUAAUAUUUCGUUUGUUGAAUGAGAGGUUACAAGGUACUUCAUCUAUAAGUUAUUGGAGAGGAUUAUUCUGGUUAUUCAGCAGCUGUACAUAUCAUCCAGAUUUGCAGUCGUAGUUGCAGUAGUAUAUUAAUAUUAUUAUAGUCUGUCAGAACUAUACCUGUACAUAUUGUACAUAUCAUCUACAGUGCUAAUGUCAUAGCUUAGGCUGGUGUAGAUGCUGCAAUCAAAAUGUUUGCUAAGUUGAAAAAGAAACUUGUUGAAGAAGAUGGAGAAAAUCCUUUGAAUCGUAGCUUUAGCAGUCCCGGUCCCGGCCAGGCAACGAGAAGAGAACCACAAAGUAGAAAUAGCGCAGGAAGAAGGGAAUCAGUGGAAAGUGAUAAUGAAUCAAGGACAAGUUCACCAUUGGCAUCAGCUUCAAAAGAAGAACUGUUAUUAAGAAUAUCCAAAAAGAAUGAGCGAAUCAAAGAUUUAGAUAGCAAGGUCACCGAGUAUGGCACAAUGUUAAAAGAUGCAAUUAAAAUGAAGGACAAGUUAGAAAUCGCUUUAGAAAAACAGCAGGAUGCCGGGUUAAAAAGAAUACAAGAGAUGAAUGAAGAAUACCAGGUGCGGCGAUCCAAAAUGAGCGAGGAUCAUGCACUAGUUUUACAGAAUAAAGAAGAGGAAUAUCAAACUCAAUUACAAAGCAUAUUAAAAGAGAAAUCAGUACUUGAAGACAAAGUUGAAAAAUUGGAAGCAAAUUUUUUUAAAAAUAGGGAAGAAAGUGAUGAAUUGCAAGGAUUUCAGACACAAGAAAUGGCGAAAAUUAAACAUUUGUUUUUAAAUUGUCAAGAGGAGCUUUCCAAGUGCAAUGAUGAAUUGAAACUUAAAACACAACAAUUAGAAGAAAAUAUCCGUCUUCGAGAAAGUCUUGAGACAAGCCUAGAGACAAAUAAGAAGAUAUUAGAGAAAGUUACAAAAGAAAGAGAUAAUUUAAAACAAGGACGAAUGGACAAUGCAGAUCUUAUAAUAAAAUUUGAACGAGAAAAGACAAAUUAUACAGAAAAAGUAGCAGAAUUAAAUAAAGAAAUAUCGGAGAAAUGCAGUAGUUUACACCACCUAGAAAGUAAACUAAAUACCCUUCAAGAUGACUAUGAUUCAUUAAAGCAUAGUAAUGAUGUAUUUAGACAGCAGAUGUCUAGUUUGGUGGAAGAAAAAGAAAGCACAAUUACACAUCUAGAGAAGAGAAUAGUUAUAUUAGAACAGAGACUUCAAGAUAAUGAUCUCAAUAGCGAUGACCAACUAAAAGCUGCCAAAACUGAAAGAGAUUUAUUGGAGGAAAGGCUUGAGGAGUCUAGACAGCAUGUGAAUGAUGUAAAAACCACUUGGAGUUCCAAAAUAACCAGUCUUGAACAACAGAUAUCUCAUCUAAACAGCAAGAUGGCUGAAGACAAUGAAGAGCUGGCAUUGACACAACAACAGACACAGACAAUGAAACAGAAUUUUGAGAAACAAGUAGAAGAACUUAAGGUUUCCCUCAAAGCAGCUGAAGAUAGGGCACUUAAAAAUCUUGAACUAGCUAAUGAAGCAGAGUCUAAGUUUGAGGUUCAGAAAGUUCAAACGGAAGUUGAACUACAUAGAUCAAGACAACAGGUUCUGGAUGCUAAACAACUGACAACAGAAAUGAGACAACAUUUACAUGAUAAAAUUAGUGCCUUGGAAAGUCAACUUAUUGCUUUAGAAACAACCAAAGAAUUUGACAAAGCAAACUAUCAGCAAAGAAUAUACCAGUUAGAAAAUUUGCAAACUGAAUAUCUUGAAAAAGAAAUUGAACAUGAGAAACAAAUUGGUACAAUAGAAGAAGACUACCAGGGUUUAAAGGAAAGACUGCGGCAAAAAGAAAGGGAGUGUAUAUCAGUAAACAGAUCUUUAGAAGAAAUGACAAGAAAGGCUGAGUUAUUAGCAAAGCAGGUCGAUGAAGAAACUCCAAUGAUGCAGGAACAAGUUAACUCAUUACAUGAACAUUUGUUAAAAAAAGAAGAGAAUCUUAAAGAAGUUAUUCAUGAGAAGGAAAAGAUCCAAAAACAGAAUAAAGAUCUGUUAAAAGAAGUAAGAGAACUUUUAGAAAGAUGUCAGAUAGUCCAGAGUGAAGCACAUAAAUUACAAACAAGCAAAAAUGAUACUUUAUUAAUGUAUCAAACAACACUGAAUGAAAAACAGGAGGAGGUUAAGCAAUGUCACUUGAGGAUAAAUGAGUUGAAAGAGAGACAUAAAAACAUAGAAACAUUACAACGAAGUACAAGUAUACAUGACGGUGAUCUUGAUGAUUCUGAGAUUAAUCAGUUGAAGAAGUUAGUCAGUGAACUUGAAGAUAACUUGGCUGAGAAGAAUAAAACUAUUAAAAUGCAACAGCAGAGGUUAUCUGACUUGAAAAAGACUCUGCAAAGAGAACUGAAAAUACAAAGUAGUGGUACUGAUUUAGAUGACAUCAAUAAUCGAGACAGGGAAAGAGAGAUGAUACCUCGGUCAUCAACAGUACCAUCUGGCAUGAAUCAAACACAUAUAUCUCCUCUUCCACCGGGGCAUGGAGCUACUAUAGAACCGCUCAAAGCUCAUGAAAUUAGAGACACUAACUUCCAGUAUCUUAGACAUGUUAUAUUCAAAUACAUGUGCAGCUCAGACCCAGAGGCUAUGCAGUUAAUUAAAGCUGUAGCUGUGUUGCUACAAUUUUCACGUCAAGAAGAAAGACUAGUGAAAGAGACAAUAGAAUGGAAGAUGUCCUGGUUUGGAAGUAAACCCACCCCAGCUAAACCUCUCAAAAUGCAGUAUAGAUGACCAGCUAGUAUUCAGAAAACAACACGCAAUUUUCAGCAUCUUCAAUACAAAGUCACACAACUUUGAAGUGCUUUGCACUUUGCAUCAUGGGAAAAGGUCAAAGAGAUGGCAUUUACAUCAAACAGAAACAGCAGACAAAAAAACUGAAGUUGUAAACUGAAACAAAGCACAGAAUAGCAGAUGUAACUGCACUUGAUAUGGCUGAUUAUUCUGACCUUGUCUUCCCAGCAACAAAACGUGUUUUUCAUCAAAUACAAGCACUGAACUUUGAAAGUCACAUGAUCACCGC